AUGGCGGCCCCCAGGAAGGUCCUCAUGCUCUGCGGCGACUACAUGGAGGACUACGAGGCCGCCGUCCCGCUCUACGCCCUCGCCGCCCUCGGCAUCACCGUCGACUGCGCCGCGCCCGGCAAGAGCCCCGGCGACUCCUGCCUCACCGCCGUCCACGACUUCCUCGGCUUCGAGCUCUACACGGAGCUCACGGGCCACCGGUUCACGAUAACCGCCGACUUCGCGGCGGCGUCAGCGGACCCGUCUUGCUACGACGCGCUCGUGAUCCCGGGCGGGCGGUUCACGGAGCAGCUCAGCGCGGACGCGGCCGUCGUGGACCUCGUCGCGGCGUUCGCGGCGCUGCGGAGGCCCCUGGUGCUCACGUGCCACAGCCAGCUCCUGCUCGCCGCGGCCGGCGGGCUCAGCGGCGGGGUGCGCUGCACGGCGUUCUUCAGCUUGCGGCACGUCGUGGAGAUGGCGGGGGGCACGUGGGUGGAUCCGGAACCCUUCGAGCUUUGCGUCGCCGACGGGCACGUGCUCUCCGCCAUCGGAUGGCCCGCGCACGCCCAGAUCGUCGCCAAGCUCCUCCACGCCAUGGGCGCGCGCGUCGUCGUCGACGCCGGACGCGGCGGCGGCCGGCGCGUCCUCGUCCUCUGCGCCGACUACGUCGACGACUACGAGGCGAACGUGCCGUUCCGGGCGCUGGCGGGCGUGGGCUGCCACGUCGAAUCCGCGUGCCCGACCAAGCGCAAGGGCGAGUCCGUCGUCACGGCGAUCUACGACGCCGGCGCGCCGGCCCCGCCGGGCGCCACGGUCACGGUCAGCGAGGAGAGGCGGGGCCACAACUUCGUCGUGACCGCCGACUGGGCCGACACCAGCGCCGACGACUACGACUGCGUCGUCGUGCCCGGCGGCCGCGCGCCGGAGCUGCUGGUGACGCACGACAGGGCGGUGGCGCUCGUGAAGGAGUUCGCGGACAAGGGCAAGGUGGUGGCCAGCAUCGGGCAGGGCCACCUGCUCCUCGCCGCGGCGGGGCUGCUCAGGGGCAAGAAGUGCGCCAGCGGGGUGCCCAUGCGGGUCGUCUCCAGGCUGGCUGGCGCCGAGGCCGUGGAGGCCGAGGGGGCGGUCGUUGAUGGCAAGCUCGUGACGGCGGCGAGCUGGAUGGACCUUGCGCAGUUCGUGGCUCGCGUCCUUGACCUCCUCGGCAUCUCCGUCUCGUUCUGA